AUGGCCUUAUCACGCAAGUCUCGCUACAAGACCGCAAACUACAACAUCAAAUUCACGGCAGGUGUUUCUUGCAACAUCAGAGCGACCGCAGAGACGGUGCUUGUUCAUGCUGGCGUGGACGGUAGCUUCACAGCGCGCAUUCGCAUCCUUAAAUUCGACAACUCCCCCAUCUCUGCUUAUGCAGAUGAACGUCGACCUAACGACAUGCAAGCAAUGGCCAAGGAGCUCGUAGAACUACCAGAUGCUGCCUACUUCCCACUGCUCGUCAACACGACCAUGACCAUCGAUGCCGGCUCGGCUCUGUACAGUGCUGCAUUUUCGCGCUGCUGCAAGAUCAAUUGGCUUUUGACUUCGGCUGUUUACUUUAUCCCACGACAAGUGCAGAUGCUCGAGGCUCGUCCGGAGUUUGACUUUCGCGCUGGUAAAGGAGUACCUCUUUGCGAGCAUCUAUACAGUGCCACAAUCUGGCACUGCGAGGUCAUUGAGGAACAAGUCACCUUUCAGUGGAUGAGCAGAAAAGUGGCUGACAUGUGA